AUGAUCAUGCUCUGGUGUACCGGUCUUGGGCAGGCAGUCAUCCUGCAGGCAACAUCCCUGCUGCUGGAUGUAGAAGGCAUCAAUGGGAUGGUGCCCAACCAGGACCUGGUGAACACCUACUCUAUCACUGCGAGAGAGCGUCCAGGACUCGUCGUGCGGCAUCGGGACGCCUGGGAGUCUGUGAUGCACCAUGCGAGGAAUGGCGGAGUCCACACGAGUCAUGCCGCAUUUCUGGAGCUGCAGGUCCCGGCCUUCACCAUCAGAGGUGUGUCGGCGAAAGGCGAUCGCAGUUCGACCCUGAAUGUGGAUUCGCUGGCGAUGUCCAUCGAAAGCGUCGUUAGGUGUAUGAGCAAUGCCCUACAGCAGCUCCAUCACUCCUUCAACUUCUACUUCUUCACAGGGCCAAGCAGCCACAUCUCAAACGGGCUGUACUUGUAUCCCGUCUUUGCGAUGCAGUGCCUGCUCAUCAGCUUCCUCGGGACCACGCCGCCAUACCGCGACAUUCGGUCGCUGCUGGUGGGCCUCGGCGUGGUCGCUGCCAUUGCAGGGGUAUCCGGCAGCACGAUGUUUGCCUUGGCCAUGAACGACGAGCUUCUUGCAAAGAGUUUGGCGUUCUCGGAGAAGCUU